UGUCCGGCAGCCGCGGAGCGUCGACCGGGCUCUGGAGCUCUCCCCGCGGCGACCCACAGCAACACCCACCCAUGCAGAACGAGAAGCAGGUGCUUGCCAAUGGGGAUUUGGGCUUGCAGGGGCGUCCGCCGUGCUCUGGGACAAACUCAGUUGCACUGGCGACCGGCGAGAUGGCCACGGCCCGGGGCAAGGUGUGGGGCUUCCUGAAGAGGAACUGCCUUGUGAUCUGCACCGUGUCGGGAGUGCUGCUGGGGGUGGCCGUGGGGCUCGGCAUGAGGGAUUUGCAUCUCUCCCCGGCUAACAUGGUCCACUUCGCCUUCCCGGGAGAGGUGCUGCUCCGUCUGCUGAAGAUGGUCAUACUGCCCGUGGUGUUCUGCAGCCUGGUGUCGGGAGCAGCCAGCCUGGACACUCGAGCCCUGGGCAAGCUCGGGGGCAAAGCCAUCCUCUUCUUCGGCGUCACCACCCUGGUGGCUUCAGCUGUCGGCGUCACCCUGGGGUUGCUCAUCCGACCGGGUGAACACAGCCAGGCCGAGGAUGCCAGCAACGCAGCCCCGGGCACCCGGCUGCCCUCCAAGGAAGCGAUUGACUCCUUCUUGGAUCUCUUCAGAAACCUUGUUCCUGCAAACCUGGUAGCUGCUGCAUUCCAAUCGUACGCUACAGAUUACAAAUGGGUGUCGACCGCUGCUCCCAUUACAAAUGUAACACCUGGAAAUACCACAAGCGUAAAGGUUCCCAUUGGUACCGAAGUGGAAGGCAUGAACAUACUGGGACUGAUCCUCUUUGCAAUUAUCUUUGGCAUAGCUCUCAGGAAACUAGGCCCUGAUGGAGAACUGCUAAUUAAAUUUUUCAGUAUCUUCAAUGAUGCAACUAUGAUCUUGGUCUCCUGGAUUAUGUGGUAUGCACCCAUUGGAAUUCUAUUCCUCGUUGCCAGCAAAAUAGUGGAGAUGGAUAAUGUUGUUUCCCUAGUAACUGGCUUGGGAAAAUAUAUUCUCGCUUCCAUACUCGGACAUGUUAUACAUGGAGCGAUUAUUCUACCUUUGAUCUAUUUCGUAUUCACCCACAGAAACCCUUAUACAUUUUUGCUGGGCAUCGUCACUCCAUUAACAACAGCAUUCGGAACUUGUUCCAGCUCUGCCACCCUUCCUUCAAUGAUCAAGUGUGUUGAGGAAAACAAUGGAAUCGAUAAAAGGAUCGCCAGGUUUGUCCUUCCCAUUGGUGCUACUGUCAACAUGGAUGGAGCUGCCAUAUUUCAGAGCGUUGCUGCAGUAUUCAUUGCCCACUUGAAUGAUGUCACCUUAGAUGCGGGACAGAUCUUUACCAUCAUAGUGACUGCCACAGCAUCCAGUGUUGGAGCAGCAGGAAUCCCAGCGGGAGGAGUACUCACAAUAGCCAUUAUUCUGGAAGCCAUUGGACUUCCCACCAAUGAUCUCUCCCUCAUCCUGGCAGUUGACUGGAUUGUGGAUCGGAGCUGCACAGUGGUUAACGUAGAAGGAGAUGCUCUGGGAGCAGGAAUCCUGCACUACACCAGCCUGAAGGAACUGGACACAGGGAAAUCAGAUCUAACAGAUGUGAAGGUGGAAGCUGUGGCUAACCCCAGUUCAGAGAAUGAAACAUCCCCACUUGUCUCUUACACUGAAAAGCCACUUGCUCCCUCUGGUCAUGUGGAUCAGGAUUCAAAAGAAUCCAUGCUGUGAGUGUGGAAAAUAUCUCAUGUAAACCCUGUGGCCUAUGAUUGCAUCUCAUUUUAUAGUGAUAAUAUGGAAAAAGUAGUUGGUGCUCUCUGUGUAUCCCUGAUUAAGUUAUGUGCAAGUUUGCCCAACAGCUACCAAUGUCAGUAUCAUCUCAUUAUCAACCAUCAUAUAAGCUAUUUCAUUACAUUCCAAAUAAAAGUUAAAUGUCAAUCAUGUCAAAACCGAUCUCAAUGACCAUUUCCCUGACCAACACGCCAGUAGCACGAUGGAACAAAUGAUGAGCAGGGUUAAAGGACUGUCAAUCAAGUUUAAAUGUGUAAGAUCUUUAGGCUUAACACUUGUUAGUGACAAUCGACUUUUAAAGUUUGUUAUUUUUUAAAACAUUAAUGCUUAUGGCAUUGUGGGCCUUUCUCCCAGAUGGGGAGCUUAUUGUUUUCACAUGCCUGAAGUAAUAGGUUACUAUUUGUAUAGUAUUAUGCAUAAAUGUGCCAGCUGUUAAUGCCUAAAGCAUUUUCUCAUUUGAAGAAAAUAUUUCAAAUGUGCAUGGUGCUGUUAAUAAAUCCUGUGCCUUAAAGUGUACUGUCUCUUUUUUGGCUUCUCUUCAAACUUGUCCUGACUUGACUGCCUUAAGCUUAAUUAUGCACCGAGAAGAGAAAUGAAAGUGAGAAAUCCCACAACCCAAAAAGAACUCAAUCAAAUGAAAAUGAUCAACAAAAGCAAAGAGUCCUUGCUUGUCCUGGUCAUGAUUUAAAUGCAGCAGUGUUGGGCUGCCGGUGCACGCUUUUGGUAUCCCUUAGUAACAUGUUGAAUAGAAUCGCUCUCCCCAACUGGGUCUGCCUUUGUAUCUUCUGAGGCUAGAGAACCACAAGACAGAUGCGACAGCCUUUUUGUGAGGGUAUGUUUCAACAAUCAAAUGCUGGAAGUCUUGCAUGUAAAGAAGGUAAGAAGGCAAAAGCCUCAGAUUUUUCUGUGGCUUUUUUUUUAAAAAAAUCACUUUGGCCUGAAUUAAUGAACAUCACACUUUCAGAUAUAUUUUGUAGCCAUAAUUAAUAUGGUUUCUUUUUGUCAAACUCUCAUGUAAAAUGAAAGGCUGGGAAAGCAAAGCUAAGAUUAUUGGACAGUGAAUCAGCCAAGGAGGUUACAAAAUGGGAGCUGGAGUUUUGAAGGAGCAAAUUGAUCUGUUUUUCAGUAAUUUAGGGUCACCUUGGAGACUCAUCCACACUUAUUAAUUGCUUACUUCUGCUUAGAUUUUGAGCACUGAAAUAUGCUUUUUUUUCUUCCUCCUGGGCUUUCAAACUAUCCCAAAACCAAUCCAAUCCUUAAGUAUGUCCAUUAUGUUGGUAGUAAGUUCUUCUCCCACCAGCUGUAGCUUGACUGUAACGCAAAGGACAGGCCCCUAUUUUUUUUCAAAGCUGCAGUGCAGGAGCAAGAAUUGACGUGCAUUUAGAACAGAUUUUUCUUAGCAUGAGUCCUCUUUCCAGCUAACUAAAUUUGAAUUUUAUUUUACUGAGGCCAUUAAGGAGGAGAAUUUUUGUUUUGUUUUAUUGAGGAGUCCUUGCAAUGUAGGAUCUGAUAUCAAUACUUCUUUGCAAACAUUUUGAACAUGAUGAGAGCAAAUCAUAAUGAGACAAAUUAAAUUCCUUCGGGUUCAGUUAUAUAUCUAAGCAAGUGUAUAAUUUGGAAAUCUUUACUUGAGAUGACCUCAGUUCCAGUUGUCAGUACCUUCUAAUUUUAGUUCUUUUUCAACUGUAUUUCAGUUUAGCAAAUGUGUUCUUUGAUUUUAAAGAAGUGAUGCUUUAGCUGGACUAGUGGAAAGCUGCUCUCCAAGUUGAAAUCCCUGUAGCCUAGCUCCUGCUCCUCUGGCCUUGGACAGCUCUAUGAAUUCCUUUUUCACUCUACCACACAUCUCUGGCUUCCUGCUGAGAUGGCUGUGCCUUCAGAAUUCCCUCACUAAAGCCCUUGGUCUCAGAGAAGAGGAAGGCUGUGAGGUUCAGGGAGUAGAUUUCAGAGUUGAGGAGAAAGACAGCUGAAGAUGACGGCCACCAAUGAACCAGUAAUGGAAAUUGGGGAUAGGCAGCAGGCUGGAAAAGGGCAUAAUGGUACCUUGUAAGACAGGAGGAAGUCAUUGAGAUGUGGGUGCUCCUUAAAACCUGCUGUUUUAACUCAUCAUAAUAUCGAUGAUAGAUUAUGUUUCAGAAUAUUCCUGUGAGCAGCCUUAGAAUGGUAGAAGUGCAAACACUUAUUAUUUCAGUUGUGUUACUAAAACUCCUGUGGCUUCACUUAUUGUUUGGCAAUACACUGGAAGUGCCCAACUUGGCUCCUGCACACAUACCCAGUGUCUCACCACACACAUUUCCACUGAUGUGUGUGGAUGUGAGGCAUGGUCCUCUGAUGGGAAGUCCCUGAGUGGCUGAAUAAAGUCGGGGUGGGAGGGGGUGGAAUCCAGAAGCUGCUGCACUUCUAUAAAUUCUUGCUUAGCAACUGUAUUGUGCUGGAGGAGAAAGCUUACCUGAUAAAACAAUCACUUUUUAAAAAAGAAUGUUUACCUAAUAACUAAGCCAAUUUAUUUAAUUCUUUGUUAUCGGUAACAUAAAUAUAGGUAGCAGUAUUGUUCAACCAAGAGAAAAAAAUGAUGGUUUACGUUAAUUUUCUUGGUUGCUGAGAUAAGUCUGCUAUCUUAAAUUAUGUUUAAAUUGUGUAAUUUAAGCUUUUGUGAUUAAGUACAUCUCCAAUCGUUUGUAGCCUAACAAUAUGGUUUCUAAUGUGGUUACUGAUUUGUGAAUUUA